AUGUCAAGAGUUGAAGCAUCUCGCCAGCCUGGAAAUGGUGCCCUCUUGCUCAUCUUGAUCCAAGUUGCCUCCAGAGCGUUCACAUUCUUCGGCAACCAGUUCCUUCUUCGCUUUCUAUCUCCAUCGUUGUUGGGCAUCGCCGUCCAACUCGAACUUGUCUCCGUGACCAGUCUAUACUUUGCACGAGAGAGUCUUCGUGUGGCUUUACAACGGCCGCGCGUCUCUGCACAGUCAUCGAAUGCCAAUUCAUCUGAAAAGCAAGAGCAAAAUGCGGUGGGGAUCGAGACACAAACUGUUGUCAACCUCUCCCAUCUGGCCGUACUCUUGGGACUGGGUAUUUCCACAUUAUUCGGUCUCUCAUAUCUACGCAGCGCAUCGGACGAAGUCCUCGACAGUCCCUACUUUGAGAUUGCAUUCCGAAUCUACACAGUGGCGACGCUGGUCGAACUCUUUGCCGAACCAGCCUUUGUUGUCAUCCAGCAGAAAGCUCUCUACAGGGACAGGGCGCGGGCAGAGACCUGUGCCGCAAUGGCAAGAUGUCUUGCAGCUUGUAUUUUCGCGGUCGUUGGACAUCAGGAGGGCGUCGCUCCGUCCAUUUUACCCUUUGCCGUGGGACAGGCAGCAUUCGCCAUCACCAUCUUGGCUCUGUACUUCCUCCCAACGAUAAAGCUGUUGAGAGCCGAACAUUUCAGCCUCAUACUGAAGCGAAUACAUUCGCCCUCCUCAGACCAGACCUACUACUUCAAACUCUUCCACAAGACGGUCCUCUCCCUAGCGGCAACCAUUUUCUUUUCCACGCUCGCAGACCAAGGUGCCUUUGCUCUGGCCUCCAACUACGGCGGCCUGCUCGCUCGCCUGGUCUUUCAGCCUGUGGAGGAGAGUAGUCGCAAUACUUUCGGACGGCUUCUCUCCCCAUGUCCGCCCAGCAGUGACAAAGAACUGGCAUCUUCGGCAUCGCAAAACAAGAGCCUCCCGCAGGCGAACGACAAUGCCCGCCGCGGCCUAUCCUACCUCUACACGACUCUCCACGUCUACCUCCUCUUCUCUCUGCCCCUGAUCAGCCUUGCCCCUGAAAUCCUUCCAACCGUUAUCCCCUUCGUCCUCUCCCCGCAAUGGCGCACUCCCUCGACAGUUGUCCUCCUGUCCACCUACUGCUACUACAUCCCACUCAUGGCGGUCAAUGGGAUCCUCGACGCGUUCGUCACGAGCGUGGCUUCUCCCGCACAGCUGCGGAGCCAGAGUCUCUGGAUGCUUGUCUUCACGGGAGUCUACGGGGUCGCCGCAUGGGCCAUGUUGAGACUGUGGAAUUUGGGGAGCGUCGGCCUCGUGGGCGCGAACAUGGUGAACAUGGCCCUGAGGAUCCUGUGGAGCUUGUGGUUUUUGAGGAUCUGGGUUACGCAACGCGAGGACGAGUCCGGGCAGAAGAGACGGGCCGGCGCAAUGCUGCUCAAGGAAGCGGUGCCCGCGAAGGCGAGCAUCGCCGUCACGCUGCUUGUGAUGCUGGGCCUGAAGGUGGGUGCUUUCUUUACGGCCACGAACGCUGGCAAGGGGUCGCUGGAUCUGCAGUUUCUAGGGAUCUGGACCAGCAGCGCCGUGGUUCUUGGUUCUACCAUGUGA